AUGGAGGAAGGUACUUGCGAGAUGACAAAGGAAGAAACCGAAGUUGUGACUAUUAGUGGCUACCACGACGUGCCACAAAACAAUGAGCAGAGCUUAUUGAAAGCACUUGCAAACCAACCCCUCAGUGUGGCCAUAGAAGCUUCAGGCAGGGAUUUCCAAUUUUAUAGUGGGGGUGUUUUUGAUGGACAUUGUGGAAGUGAGCUAGAUCACGGUGUGGCAGCUGUUGGAUACGGAAGUUCAAAAGGAGUCGAUUAUAUCAUAGUGAAAAAUUCAUGGGGAUCUAAAUGGGGAGAGAAAGGAUACAUAAGAAUGAAGAGGAACACUGGAAAGCCAGAGGGUAUUUGCGGAAUCCUCAAGAUGGCUUCUUAUCCCACUAAGAAGAAAUAAGAUUCAUUCACUCUAUCACUUACUCCAUUGUUGUUUCUUAUUUUCUUUCCUUCUACUAAUUAAUUUCCCAAUGUCUGCCUAUUUCAGCCUUCCCUUGCAAACAAUGUAAAGUUUCCCAUAUCAUAAUAAAAUCUUGAUUAACUCUUUUCUUA